AUGAAUACAGUCUGCAAUGCACUAUCGGCAUUCCCCAUCUCUCACAUUUUCAACACGAACGAAUCGAUAAAUGAGACUAAAUCAAAAAGUAUAAGUGCUUAUAAGUGGUUUACUUACCCGCCUCAUCCAGUAUUGCGUGCGAAAUUAUCAGAAUCACGAAAAAAUAUAAUGAAAUUUCCUGACCUCAAGGUCAUAGUCGUAUCAUACAUAACAGCUUUGAGUAGAUGGCUCCUAAUUUCUCUAUUUUGGCUUGCACUGAUAUUUUUUGUUUCUGCACUUGGUAAUAAGAUUGCGGUACAAAUUAAGGAAAUAUCAGCAUUUGGCAAAGUGGACGUUGAUGGGUCGAGUUUGAAAUGGUCGAAUCUUGUUGAGGAUUUUCGGUAUUCAAUUUCUUCAAUAAAUACAGGAAGCCAUGAAAGCAUACCUUAUGCAUAUGAUAGUAACUUCCUGUUAAAAAUUACAGUUGCAUGGUAA